GCCCCUAUCUGGUAACCCUGUCACACCGGAAAGAUGGCUGACACCGGGGACCCUGGCUACAGUUUCAAGUACUGUCAGUGUGGAUAAUCGUCGUUCGCAAAUAUUCUGAGAGCAUUGGAGGUUAUGACGGCACAUGCGUUUCAUGACAACUUUUUAGGCUAGGAGUUCUUUCCGUUUCUAGCUUGCUGAGAGUGAUUUCGCUCGCGCACAACGUUGGAAACGCUUGCUAUAACACUGCGCCCAACGAACUGUCUACUUUGCAUUCAGCAGUGUUUAAUGCAAACUGUUAAUACAUGCUAGCUAACAUCGUUUGUUUUAAAAGUCGUAACAUAGUUUAACUAUGUAACCGUAGUCUUGUGUGUCGUAACACUUGCACGCUAAUAGUGGCUGUGUGCGUUUGUGUGCAAUAUGUAUCAACGGUUGGCAAAGUAACGCAAUAUCGUCAGUGUAUAUUUUGCAAGGUUUUCGUCUAAAUUGGUGACCCUUAACCUAGCUAGCAUUGGCUAGCAACGCUGCGAAAGUAUCAUUCACUUGACUACAUAGCUUAGCGUGCAGUUGGUGAUACAAGUGAACUGCCGAGUGAGCUGCUAAGCCAGGGCAACAUUUCUUAGCAUGCUAGCUGUGCUGGACUGUUGUCAGGCCUAAAUAGAAAUAAAAAUCAAAACGGCGACGAUGACAUAAGACAUAUGUGUAUGUAACAUUUAGUUCUACACCUUAAAUGUUUGAUUUAAUUAUGUAAUCACUAAAUGUUGCUUCAAUGAGAAGUUGGACUCAUUUGGCCAGUUGCCGUUCUUGACCAUAUAUCUGCAUAGCAAGCAAGCAAGCUAGCUGGAUGUAAAAAUGCUGUAGUUUGACCAGUUGUGUUUGCAAGACGUUCAUCCACCCUGGACUUUACUCCAAAGUUACUAUCGAAGAUGUGUGAUGUCUUUUGGCUCAGUGCUGGACCACCCUACGUACCAUGCUGUGGCUGCCUUCCCGACUUGGCUUCAUAACGUUUGGCAGACUCUGCUUGUCCCUCCAGGACCGUAGCCUGCCUACUGUUCUGGCCCCAGGUCUCAAAGCCAGCAUGUACACCACACGUCUGUACAGCGGUAGUGGGAGCAAGCCAGGGCGGCGGAUUGGCCUUGUGGGGGCAGGAGGACCACCCAUGCUGGAGAAUCACCAUCACCACCACCACCACCAACAACACCACCAUCCACUUCCCCACCAUGCCACGGUGCCGCCCCCUCAGACCUUCCCACCUGUGUAUCCUGGUCGUCUGGAAGGGCACCGGCCCCACUACCAGGCCCUCCACCAGCACUACCACUCUCACCUCCAACCGCCACACCUGCCCUCUCAACACUACCAGCAGAGUGCACACAUCCACCACGGAAAAAAGAAGACUUGGAACUUCAUACACGAGAAGAUGAGCUACGACACCUUUUUCACCAUGAAGCGACUCAUCGACCGGUCGCGAGGUGUGGACGAGGUCCUCCGCUGGGUCACCCAGAACCCGGGCAAGAUCUCGCACAACCAUUACCCCAUUGCUCUGCAGAAGAUUGGACAGCUCCUGCUGGUGCAACAGGCUGGGGCCGCGGCAGCUGGGCUGGUGGGCGCUGGGGCUGUGGAGGGUUCCCUGGUCGCCUCUCCCACUGCAUCGAAUGGGGAAAACCCCUGUCGUCAGAUUCUAGACAAUCCCGACUUCCAAGCACUCUGCAAUGCUAUCGUGAACGAGUGCUCCAAAUUUGACAACUUCAGCAUUGUUAACUGCCUUUAUGCGGUUGCAGCACUAGGGUUGCCCAGUGACUCUCAGAUCGUGCAGGUUCUGGAGGCAGAGUCUCAGGGCCGUCUGUCCCAGUUCAACCAGAAGGACAUCUCCAUGGUGUUCAGCAGCAGCAUGAAGCUGCACCCCUCCAGCCAGCACGCGCUGAUCGAGGCCUGCCUGGCCAGCCUGGAGAAGAACAUCGAGCGGGAGCGGCACCCCCAGACCCUGUUCCUGCUGCUGUCCUACUACCGCACCAAGUGCCGGGCGCUGCAGGCGGCGGCGGGGGACGCGCCCGUGCCCGUGCCCGUGCCCUCCCCAGAGCAGCUGCUGCUGAACCGCAAGAUCCUGCGACUGGUGAAGCACACGCUGGCCAGCGUGAGCAGCGUGCGCGACCACGAGAUGGCCCUGCUGGACGACAUGCUGUCGGCCUGUGCGCGCGAGGCCAGCAACAAGAGCCUGGAGCUCAUCUUCAGCUCGCACCUGUUCUACCAGAACAGGCAGGAGAAGUUCAUCGUCAGCCUCGCUGAGGAACUUCCCAAAAAAGCAGACAGCAUUACGCCCUAUACCAUGGCGCUCAUCUCCAAAUAUGUUGCACGUCACCGACUUAGAGAGACCCGAUUACUUGAUACCAUUGCCGAUUUCCUCGUGAAGAAGGGCGAGUAUCUGGACAGCAAGGUCAUCCAAAAGCUGGUGUUCCCCUUCAGCCGCAUGAGCUACAGGCCGGCCAACGAGGGCCAGUUCUUCUCCAAGCUGGAGGCGGUGCUGGAGCUGAAGGCUCUGAGCUCUCCACUGGCGACGGUCAACAUCCUCAUGUCGCUCUUCCAGCUUGGACAUUUCCCAGGCCUCGUGCUGCACCGCGUGUUCUCCACACCUUUCAUCAGCAACGUUACUAACAGCCCCUAUGCGCUCAUUGUGCGGCGGUACUUGUCCCUGCUGGAUGCUGCUGUUGAGCUUGAGUACCGGGACUACAGUGGACCGCGCUUGCAGGACACUCACAAAGUACUCAUGUUCGACCACGCGUUAACAGCAGAUGAGGUCAACCGCAAGUACAGCUACAAGGGGCUGGUGGCUGAGGCACUUAGACAACUGGUGGGAGAGCAUGGCUACAAGCAAGAUGAAGUGUUGGCCCCAGGAUACUACACGGAUUUCCUCUUGCUGAUUGACCACUCGGGUCGGGUUCUCCCCAUUCGAGCGUCUGGGAACGUGACUCUGGCCGUGGCCUCCAAGACUUUGGAGGGUUCCAGCCCAGUGGCAGUGCUCACCUCCGACUUCCAGAAGUUCUCCCCUUUCACCGCAUCGUUGGAGGACGGGGGCGACCAGCAGCCGGGCGACGAGUCGGCGGCGUACCUGUCUCCACACAUGCGCCCCGCACCCCAGCCUGCAGGCGCCCAGCGUGCCGGUGGCGCCAACGGAGGCAUGCCCCUCGAGUACACCCAGUACUACGCGCCCACAGAUUACUACUCCAGCCUGGCCAAGGAGCACUCCCUGGAGAGUCAGGACAGCUCCACCCUCAGCAGCCCCUCGGACUGCCUCACCCAGGCGGGGCCCGUUAGCACCGGCCCCGCUGGCGGCCCGGACUCCCUCUUCCAGUUCUCCAUCGGGAAAAUCCUGGAUGACGAAACGGGAGGAGCGCCCAUCCCAGCAGGAACUGCCCCUGGGGCAGACUGUGAGCUGCCAGCUUUCUAUGAGGGUGUGGCAUACCCAGAGGGGGGCGAGGGGGAGAUGGUGCCCACGUCUCAACCCCAGCUACACCCCACGGACUGCCCAGACGCGCAGAGAGGGGCUGCAGAUCCUCAGGUCAAGAGGGUCAUCAUGUCGGUUAAUGACAAGUGGCACUACUGCCACAACUCGGACGUGCUGGUGGGCUCGAGAGCCAUGAGAGACCGUCACCUGCAGCUGUUGGGCUACAUAAUUCUUCAGCUACCCUAUCUGGAGUUGGAGAAGCUAAAUGGAAUUGAGGAGGUGAAGCAGUAUCUUCACAAAAAGCUGCUGGAGGUGCCCUUAUGACAGUGGAGAUCAGAGAGGGCUGUGUGUGUCCGAGCGUGUAUGAAUUAGAGACACCGGGUGAGAGAAAGAGAGAGAGAGAGAGAACGAAAGAAAGAGAAAGAAAGUGUGGCAUUGUGCUUUGAGAGGAACGUUUGAGUUGAAAUCAUUUAUUAUUUGGGAUGACAGUGUGAGAUGUUUGUGGGAAUGUGUGUUUGAGAGUGGGGAAACUUGGUCCUUUAUAUGGCCAACAAACUAUUUGGUGCCAGGACACUAACUAGCCGUUACACUAACAUAGUUGUAGGGCCAAGCUGUUUUUGUUUCAGAAUGGGUAUAAAGCAAGCCUUGAAAUGAUUUUUUAUGUACUUUCUGAUUUUUACAGUUUGUCUAUACAGUGCAGAGGUUAUGUUACCAAGUCAUCAUAAGAGCCAACUAAUGGCAACUGUCUAAGAAACGAAGCAAUCUCUGACACUUUUGACAUUAAUUUUUUAUUUAUGUCAGACAAGGUACUGUUACUUAAUGCCUUUGCUAUAGGGAAGGAAUGGGUGUAUACAAUUUCUGGUGGUGCUGUUUCUUUUUCUUUUUUUUUCUUUCUUUUGUCGUCCAUCUAGAGAGCAUGGAGAUGGGAAUUGAUGAUGCUGCUUUUUGAUAGGCUAAAGGGAUAUCUACUCCUGUGCACCACAAAUAUUGUCUAAGUUGCAAUUUAUUCUAGUAAUUUCUUCAGAAUACUUGACCAGAGAGAAGAAAAAAAAACAAUUGGCCACCAAGACUGGCUUUGUAACCAAAUAUUUAGUGAGUGGGGUGUAAUGACAUUAUUGAUACAAAAAUGAAUUUCCUUUUGCAGGUUUAAAUGAGGAAUCUGCAGCAUAGACUUUCAGAAUGUUUUAUGUUGUAUUAUAUAGCAGAGUGCCACUUUUAUGUUUCAAAAAAAUGGAUGAUAUUUAUUUUAAUUUCCUCAGAAAUGCAUUCUGCACUCAGCUGUCAUUUAAAAGAAAGGCUCAAUAAACCACCCAGUGGAUUAUAGAACUGUCACCCAGCCUUCUCAGUUUUCAGAUCCUAUUAUAGUUCUAAGCUUUAUAAUUUCCUUAAAAAUCUUGGGUAUGUGCACUUCUGUGCAGUGACGUGUGCUUGAAAUGACUUAAAAGUACAACACAUACACAUGCCUCUGAUAUUAAUCUUGUUCGGGUAUAUGUGAACAUUCGAAGUUCUUGGAAUUUGAGUUUGCCUUGUACCUGGUAGGGUGGCUGACUGUGUUAUCCAUAAUGAGGAAUGUGUUAAUGGAGAGGACACAGUAUGUACAUGAACAUCCUUGACAAGACCCAAUGGCCAUGUAUACAGACAUUGUUAAAUCAUGUACAUGAAUCAUACAAUUAGUGUCAAGUUUGCCUUUUGUGUACUUUGACAAUAAAUAUGAGAGUCGGUUUUAAGACUUGAGUAGAAAAAGGAAACAUUUUCCUGCCAUUGUUGCUGUUUGCUUUGCUUAGCGUUGCUUUGUUUAAAGGACCUUUUACUCAGCUAUGUGGGAAAGAGAUUAUUUAUUUGAAGAUGGUGUUCUUUUGAAUGUAUGGUCUGGGGCUGGGUGUAUGUGUUGGGAUGAAGGCCAGGGUGGGAAAGUUUGUUUAUACAUAUAAAAUGGAUAUGUUAAAAAAACAAAAAAACAUUAUUAAAUAAUAUAAAACUCAAUCUUGAAACCUUU